AUUGAUAACUGUUUGACAGGUAACUUUUCUCGCAUCGUAUGUAACAGACAAAUUAUUUCUCGAUCAACGGAUAGGGAUUAGCUUGAUCAAAGAUAUCGGAAAACAAUGAUUCGGAAACGAUAUCAGGAAGCCAAGACAGGUUUCCAGUUACUGAAACCGAUAGACGCGGAUAAGUAUUUGAAAAAGAUAGGAUUAGGCAAAGAAGACCAUCACUUUUGGAAACAAGUUGGGAAAGCGUUGUUGUGCACGUAUACGCUCUUCAGCGUCGCAUGGCUCUACAACGAAAUGUCCCCACUGGGGUGGUGGACAUUGAAGCCUAGGCCAAAGGAAGAAAGGGAGUUAGCCCAUUUAUAUGAGCGCAGAGAGUUUCCUUAUCCCGGUGAUGCUGAGGCCAUGGAAGAGUUCAUUGCCAAGGGAGGCAUGAUUGGGACUACGAUUGGCCCCAAAUGUAUAAUUGAAACUGAUAAAGAUUCGUUUAAUUAUCAGGAAGAGAUGCAGAACAAGAAGUUCGAGCAGGAGGCAAUAAAGCUUUGGCUCAGGAUGAGGAAUGAAGUUAUUUCAGAGCUUCAAGAGAGAGGGUACGAUGUCGAGCGAGUGAGUUUCUGCUAUGGUGUUCAGAUUGUGAAGUGUAUUGCGCGGUGA